AUGGUGGACUACGCGGUGAAGGAGCUGAAGACUCCGGAAGCAGCCAGCCAGCAUUUCAUCAAUUUGCUGGGUGAAAGCCCGGACGCCCUGGAAUUUAUUAGCGAGUUUUCAAGGGCUCUCGAAAAGCCGCAGGAAAAGUCUGUGAAAAGGCCCAGCAAAGCGGACCAAAACCCAAAGAAGAAUGUGAUAAAAAUUGUACGGCCUAGCACCAGAGCAAGCACGCCGAAGAAGCCCGCCGAGGAGAGCAAGAGCCGACCAGAGAAAAAUGUCAAGCUCGAUAAUCUUAAAGAGCUAGACGACGCACUGAUAGAACUGGAGACGCAGCGUGGCGGCCGCGUGUGCAACUGCAACGCCACGCGACAUCCGCUUUUUGAGAUGUUCCCGAACUGUUUGAAUUGCGGCAAGAUCAUCUGCGUCAAGGAAGGACUACAACCGUGCUCUUUCUGCGGCAAGGAUCUGCUGAGCAGUGACGAAAGACGCCAAAUUGCGCAAGUUUUGCAGAAGGAGAAGGACGAGCUUAACGGCGUGAAGCCCGUGGUCAAGGAGAGGGAGAAGCCGAAAAAAAACAGCAAGAUAACGAUUUCUGUGAGUUCUGCCGGUCAGAACAACUUUAAAGUGCAAGACCAGCUAUUCAAGCGCAUAGAGAGGAAAAAAGAGCAGGAGCGCGAAAACCUGGCCAGAAGCAAACGGGAGCAGGAGGAGCUCGCGGAGGCUGUCAAGAAAAUCGAGUACCUCGAGGCCACCAGGGGCAAGGACGAGGAGCUGCUUCAGGCAGAGCAACGGCUGGACAAGCUGCUGGAAUUCCAGGCAAACGGCGCACAGAGAACACGAAUAAUCGACCAGGCGUCGGACUUCGAGGUUCCUGCCAACAGUCUGAGCCCCUGGGCGUCGCCGGUGGAAAGAGCACUACAGUUGAAGAAACAGCAGCGCGAACUGAAAAGACUCGAGGAGGAGGAGAAACUGCGGUCUGGCCGCGGCAGGCGGGUGCUGGAUAUGUCCAUAAGAGACGGCAAGGUGAUCAUGCGCGAGGUGGCGACGCCGGAAACCGGGUCUGACGGCGAGAUCGAGGAGCUGGAGCAGGAGAUGAGCAGACAAAACGCGGAGCAGCUGGAGAAGAACGCGCAGACGGUGUGGGACUACGAAAAAGAGAGCGCAAAGUGGACAAAGCCGAAAUAUAUGGGGAAGAUCGACGGCGACGAGGCGCCAGAGGAAGUUCGUGGCGGCGUUGUGCAGCAGGACGAUGACGCGGAGGAGAUACUGUUAGGUCUGGGGAUCUAG